AUGUCUUCAAAAAUCCCUCCAUGUAAGGAAUAUUCAGAUGUCAUACAGGAAAUUUUACCUGAACUAAUCAAGCCUAUUUUGCAUUGUUUUGCUGAUUCAAAAGAAAAGUGCAGGGAAAUUGCUAUUGAAAUUUUGAGCAGGUAGGGGUUAUUUAGUUUAAUUGGAAGAUGUGUAGAGCCUGAUGAAUUUUUAGCUUAUAUUUUCCCUGUUUUAGUAGAAAGACUCGAUGCUUAUGAUAUCGAAGGCAUUCAAAACCUCCCUGAAGUUAUGCGGCCUAAUCCAUCACAGCGUCCACAAGUUGUAAAAUCCCCUAAAGAACCUUCAGAAGAGCUAAGAAUCCUCCUCGCGAAAUUCAUCCAAGUCAUCACAGAAAAAACAUCAGUCAGAAGCCUUUCCCCUUAUGUCCAAGAAUUGACUUCUGUCAUACGAAUUCUUUGUAUGGACCCUAACAACGGCGAAGUGAUCAUAACCUCAUGCAAAACAAUGGAAUUUUUGGCGGCCAAAGCCAAAGAGCUUCUUUUCCAUUACAGUGAACCUUUAGCGAGAAGCUUAUAUACAGCUAUAGUCCAUAAAAGCUGAAAAGUCAGAUGUGCGAGCUUAGAGGCACUAAGGGUAGUAAUGUAUAUUGGAGUUUUUAAAUAUAACGCUACCAUUGUAGAAGGGUUGAUAGGGUUUAGAGACCCAAAUGUGGUGCCUAUAAAAGACUUUUAUGAGCCAAGCGCCAAGCUGAAUUAUUUAGCAAUGCUUAUUAAUGACAGAUCAGCCCAUGUAAGAGAAACAUUUUUGAAUGUCAUUUCUGACUGGCUAUUAAAUUUACCUGACAAAUAUGAUCUAGAAACCAGACUUAUACCAUAUUUAUUAUCAGGUCUUUUUGAUCCUAUUCCUGGGAUAAGGGAAAAUACUUUUGCACAAAUUGAAGCUAUAGGCCAAAAGUAUGAAGAGGAAAAAGAAAAAGAAAUCAGAGAAAUAAGACAGCUGGGAUUCCAAGAACCGUGAACUUGUGAUGGAAUUAUGACUUAUCUGCCGUUACCAGAACCAUUUGCGAAAAGACCUAGAUUAGGGGCUAGGCUGUAUUUUCGUCAAUACGUCCGGCGUUAUCUAAAUGCAAUUUUCGCUGAACUAGGUGAUUGGAUUGCAUCAUCAAGGCUUUAUUCGUCAAAUUUAUUGGUCUGUCUUAUAAUUUUUACUGAAGAUUAUAUUUUAAUUAUUUUGAUUAGAUGCAUUUUCACUAAUAAAAUAAUGCCUUUUUUAAUAGGAGUUUGGUUUGUAAAUAUAUGUAAAAAUUAUUAAUUUUUUUAAAAGAAAUAUUACUCACUCCCCCCCUUUAAAAUGAAACAAAAAAUCCUGUUCCAAUUUAAAGGGGCUUGCAUUUUAUCUAUUAUUUUCAUCUUUAAUUUUUUUUAUAAAUUAAGCGCAAAAUUUAGAUUUAAUUUAUUUUUUAUGAAUAUUAAAUAAAGAAAUUAAUCGAUUCAGUGUAAUACCAUUUUAAAUAACAUUCAAAUAGCAUUCUGCCUAUAAACUAGGUCAAUAUAAAAAUUAUUAUUUUCAUUGAUAAAAUUUUCCUAUUGAAAAAAAAAUUUGUUCCAAUUUAAAAGAGGGUUAAAAGUACCCAAAAAAUGGAAAUUUUACCGAUGCUUUGUUACAAUUUAAAAGGGAGGACUCAGCAUUUAGACAAAUUUUUAUCGUGUAUCUAUAAAGCAUUAAUUAUGAAUUCCAAUCCAAAAGUGAUAGAAAAUUUACAAACUGCUAUAAAACUGGUAGGGAGAUAUGUUAAUACUGAUAGCUAUAUGCCUCAAGUUCUUGCUGCUUUAAUGGUAAGGUAA